UAAACAUUUUUUGAGAUUUCAUUCCUUUUAAAGCCGAAUUUCCUGUUUUGUAGCGAACCGCCUAAUGAGUUUGGUACAUUUGGGGCAAUAGUAUUUCUGAUUUCUUGGCAGUGUAUAUUAUUAGGUAUCUGCCACUGGAGAGGGAAGAACGGAGAGAGGGAGUGCAAGGGCGAAAGGAAGCUACCGAUCAUUGUCAGUAGUGGAAACACAAGCGAUUGAAGGCACUAUGAUUUGGAGGCGGGAGGGGUUGUGUAUAAAGUAUUGCUUAUGAGAAGAUUGUUUAUAUUUUAAACAGUCACUAGUUUAAACAAUUGGAAAACGAAACAGUAUUCUCCAGCUAACAGAAUGCAGGAGCGCGUGAAUGUUGGUGUGCCGGAUUGUUGGUAGGAACUAAAUAUCUAGGUCAUUAUUGUCGCACUUAAUAGAGUCCCCCUGUGAGAAGAAGGAAGCACUAUCCCUCUACCGUAACUAUGCAAUUAGGAAAAAUGGCCUUCAGAAAUGUGAAAUUGUUUGAUUUAUGAGCAAUAGGGAGAAAUCAGCUAUAUAUGAGUUUAAGAUUAAAAGGUCUAAGACGUGAGACUUUUGUUUCAGAACGGAUUGGAUUCUGCCCGUCUUUGAUUGACUAGUUUUAUAAGAUGAGCCGUCAUUCGCAGUAGGCAGGUAUUCCAUAAACCCAAAGUUUAGUGUAAGAAUAAUUUUAUAACAUGACCUCUACAAUAGAGGAAAAAGAGCUUCAGGAGAGAUUGCGAGAAGCUGCUGCUUUGGGGGAUAUUGAAGAAGUUCAGCGAUUGGUGGGAUGUGGCGUGAGUGUGAACUCUCAAAAUGAAAUCAACGGCUGGACUUGCUUGCAUUGGGCCUGCAAACGGAACCAUGCUCAGGUGGUCUCGUACCUGCUACAUGCUGGCGCUGAUAAGGACAUCCUCACAGUUAAAGAAGAAACACCAGCCCAGUUAACAUCAAAGAGUGAAAUUAGGAAGCUGAUGGGAGUGGAAGAUGCUGAUGAGCUUCCGGAUGUGAAGAAGGAGUCCGCCUUGCCCAUUAUCCCCAAUUACUUGGCUAACCCACCUUUCCCUUACGUUUAUAGCUCCAUGGAUAGCAGUACUACUAGCACCUCAGCUUCCUCUUUGAACGGAAGAUUUUCCCCUUCUUUAGAACAGCACAACAAAGACUGUCAUAUUUCUUUACCUCAGAUUCAGGCGCCUGGCACUGCCACAUUGCAACCUGAAAAGCUUUCUCCCAUGAGACCUGAUGGGGACAUGACUAGGGCAAUGGCUAUGGAAUGCCCAGAGCCUGCCGUGCAGAAUGGUCACGUUAGCCAGAUGCCUCUUCCUCCAAAUGGGACACUGUCUUCCCCCACUGCAUCUAAACAGCCUGAAACUCAGCAAUCGAAUGGCUCUUGUGCUGGACCCGUUCCAACAUUUCAGCCCUUUUUCUUCACUGGGGCAUUCCCUUUUAGUAAUAUGCAAGAACUGGUGCUUAAGGUCAGAGUUCAAAACCGUGCUCUUAAAGAGAAUGACUUCAUUGAAAUUGAACUGGACCGACAAGAACUGACUUACAAAGAACUGCUCAGAGUAAGCUGCUGUGAACUGGGGGUUAACCCAGAACAUGUGGAGAAAAUAAGGAAGCUUCCAAAUACAGUAUUAAGGAAGGACAAAGAUGUCUCAAGGCUUCAGGAUUUCCAAGAAUUGGAGCUGGUUCUAAUGAUGAGUGAUAAUGACUUUCUGUUUAGAAACGCUGCACCACCGUUGACUGAAAGGCCUUGUUACAAUAAGAAAGCAUCAAAAUUGACGUAUUAACUGUUCAAAUGAAAUUCCUGUCACUAACUGUUAAACCUAGGAUUUUUGUAAGGGCUAUAACCUCAGUUUCUACUUUACCUUGGAAGGCAGAGUUAACCAAUUAAGCACACUUACUUGGAAGCAAGUUCAGCCAAAAACAGUUGGGCUUGUUCCUAGUUAAGUGUCUUUAGGACUAAAAUGUCACAUUCAUAGUAUCUGCAGUUAAUCUUUGAGUAAACUGGCAGUGAAAUAAUGUUCUUAGAUAAUAUACUAAGCAGUGGCAGAUUAUUGUCUCUUUCCAUGCAGCAGUGUUUUUUGCAAGGGAAUUAUUAUGUCUCUGAACACUGCAGAGUUAGAAGCUCUCAGGGAAAGACUUAAAUUAAAUUGUUCUGAUAAUUGCUACUUAUUAAAAAGAGCAAAAGAACUUAUGCUGAAGAAACAAAUCUGGAACACAUUUUCACAGUUGGAAUUGGACACUUAACAUGCAGAGACUCCUAGUACGUCUAGCUUGUGUUAAAUGUGAAACUUGAGAGAAUAAGCUAUUUUUACAGGGGAAAGGGUAAGAAGGAGAAACCUGGGCUCCCAAACAAUAGUUACAUGGGCAUCGUGUGGGGGUGACUAACCUGUAGCCCUUUAGGUGUUAAUUGGCUUUCAACCCCCAUCAUUCCUGAUUAUAUUGGCUAUGCUAGUUUGGGCUUAUGGAAGCUGGAGUCCAAGAACAUCUUGAGAGCCACAGAUUAGCCACUGUGGCAAAGUGUUUCAACAUUAUGCUAAUACAGCAUCCUUUGGAGAACAGGGUAUUGCAUAUGUAAGUGGGAUGUAUCUCACCUCUUGUCCUCUUGAUAAGCACAGCACAGUUGUUAGAGGCAGAAUGUGACCCCAGGCCGAAGCUAGUCCCACUAGCCUGACUGUUACUAAUGGGACAAAGCACCUAUAACCUUCCAAAAGGAGAAGAGGUCUGUACAUUUUGGAAAUGACAAGAGGAGAUGGAUUCUCCUCCUCCCCUGGUAGUACAUUGCGGUAUAGGAUGUUGGACAAACCAGCUCCAAAUGCCUAGUCCUUCUAGGAGGAAGGCUCUGAUUUAUGUUGGAAGUUCAACACUUUGGUUUAAAAAUGUCACCAAGUGGCUAAACCAGCUGUGAUUUCUUCAAGAUGGUGCUCUGGUUAAAUAUUUGAACAUAUUUACUGUAUGAAUCCAAAUAUGUUGACCAAAACUGUUAUGGUAUGUGUGUCUAACUUACACUAUGGAAUGGUUGGUGAUAUCUGGUGGUAGUUGAAGGUUUGGUUUGGGUUUUUUCUUUUCUUUUUCUUUUUAAGAGUAAGAGGCUUCCUGAAGGAUGAUUAACAUGGCAACUUCACUCCACAGCCUGAUGCCACACAUACUGUAAAUGAGCACAACCCCCCUUAGCCUCUAGCCUUUAUUGUAAUUAAUCUCUGAUGUCGAGACUAUUACCUAUUUAAAGGAAAGUGAUCUUGUAGCAUUUGGUAUAUCAAAAUUAUUUUUAAUUCCAAGAUAAAUAAAUAAGAAAAUCUUGGCAUUUCUAUGCAUUUUUGACAGUCUUGCUUGCAUUUCAUCUAGGCAUGUCCAGCUUUUUGUCUUCUUGCUAGCUUACUUUCUGUAGGAAUACUCUGCUAUCGAGUCCUAGAAUUAAUCUGGAAAGAAUGGAACAUAGCACUUUUGAAUAAUAAAUAAUACUCCUAGGUUUAGGAUUAUGUGUAUUAGUGGAGAGAUUAGUUAAUUUAAUUAACACUACAAUGACCAUGUGUGCUACAAGCUGGAUGGACUAUAGCUAGGCACUUAGUAAAUAACAGGAAAAAUAUUCGGCUGCUGAUUUCAAUGCCAGCACUCCUAACCUGCAGUUUGGGGCAAGUGUUCAUGAGCCCUGUGACCCUAGCUUUGAGCCAUGGCUUUCUGAGUAACAGUCCUGACCAGUAUUACAGAAUUAUGGGUGGCUUUGAAGUGUAAUUUGACAUAAACAGUAAUGCAUAUGGAAUUUUCCAAUGGAAGAAUAUAUGCCAAAAUUGGUAAUCAGUGUCACCUUCUCCAGGAAAGAUCUGUGACUAGAAUACUACUUUUGUGGCCUGCUUCUGCUUGUGGAUCUGGAACAUGCAUGAGGGUGGUGUGUGACCUCUUUGUUCCAUUCCUUCAUAGUAGGAUUUCUCCAUGGGUAGGUACUGGAUCAAAUUGAAACUAGUGACCACCUGCUGCAGCCCAUCUGUCCUCUGGGGGGGGGAUAAAAGUACUUUCAUGUAGGAAGAGGGAAGAUGCUUCCAUCUUGCCUACCCCUCUCCUCACUUAUGUGCAACCUCUCUUCUCCCCUCCCCAACAGAGAAGGGGAUAAUCUAGCUCUGACUUUCCUACAUCAAGCAGGUUAGACUACAUGACCUACAAGGCCCUCUAAGUCAAUGGUUCUACUAACCCCUUACUCCUCAGAGUGGCCUAUUCGCAAAACAGGUUAUUGACCACAAGUCUGCAGAAGUUCAUUCCCCCAAACGUGCAGAGGCAAACUUUUGUUAUACCCUGCCUUUUGCUCUUUUUAGACACUGUAAACUGGGGCAGGCUGGAAAGGAGUGCUCUUCUGUGCACUUACAAAUUCCAGAAAGCUGGAUCUUAUUUUGCUUUCCCAAGUAACGCAUUUAUUUAUCACAACAGGGAAUGCAAAUAAUAAUGCUACUAGGAGGGCCUUUUAUUGCUCAGCAUUAUUCAGCAGGGACAAACAGUAGAUGGAGUGCCUAGUAGUAUAUUAAGCCACUUUGCCAGGCCUGUAGAGUUUCCCAGGUCUUUUGACAAAAGGGGUUUAAAUGUCAGUUUAAUGCCAUUUAACUUCAGUGGCCCACUUUAGUCACAUGCCCUAGUUGGGCUAGGGCUUAAAAGCUGCUAUGAAGAAACUGCAGUUCAUGGCUUGUAUCCAAUGGUUGCACAAGUGGAAGGUAGCUUGUGUAAUGGACUUUCUCUUUCUCCUCCACCCUGCAGCCCCCUGCACCCUCUCCAGAAGAUCAUGGGCACCUACUGGCCAUCAUGGGCCUGUACUGUAUGGGGCUUCAUUGAGUGAGGAGAAUCACCCUAAAUUGGGGAGAAGAGUCUUGCACCAGCAGUCCAAGAUGCCACCACCCACAUUCAGGUGAUACCCUCCUCCAACAGAGCCCUGUAGGACACAGCCUACAACAUUCCUUAUGUGUUCCUGACCCUCUUGAGAGGCUUUCUGAGGUGGGGGGGGCAGGGGAAGUAGAGAUGCUUGCAGGAAGGAGGAAGGGAAAGACCUGUUUGUGAGUUGCCUUUUACUCAUUGGAUACAACCCAAUAUAGUUAAACACAGAAUUUUAAAACAUAGGAUUAAAAACCCGAGCGAUCCUUUAAGAGAGAAUUCAGGGUUGAUAGCAUUUUGUGAACAGUCUCUGUAUAUAGCACAAUACAAUAUAUUUGAGAGUAGGAACUAAACCAGGGGAGGGGAAACUUUUUUAGCCCAAGAGCCAUACUCCCUUCCAGGCAGUCCUCUGGGGACCACAAGCCAGUGAUGAGCAGGGCUAGAGACAAAAGGAGAGGGUGCAAGAAAUGUAAAUGUUACCUUUAUACAGCAGGCUAGUUUCUGCACAUCCCUCUGUUUCCUCCAUCCAGAGAAGCAAAAGGCAUUAUCAGAGUUCAAGGACACAUUCCAUCCAGGCAAAACACUUGAGGAGGGAGCGAUGCAAGUGCCAAGGGCCAGAUAGUGAGGCUCAGAGGGCUGUAUUUGGCCCCAGGCUUGAGGCUCCCCACCCCUGAUCUGAACAACACAUGGUUUGCCUGAAUUCUGUCAAGCAAAACUAUGGCUAUCAUUAAAUGCCUAUGUUGAUACCAUAAUAUUGCAAGGAAUAACUGACAGGUAAAACAUUUAUUUGACUAAAACAGCUAACCCAUUUACUCUUAUUCUGAGAUAACAACCCCCUGAACUUCUAUCUGUUUUGAGGGAUAAAAAGAUGGCCAAAUUGAAAGAGCCAUCAGUUCCCAGGAAGAGCAAGAAAUCCAGACUCAUCUGUUUAGCUCACUAUCCCUGGCAACUGCAAUGGACAUCUCCACAGAGGAAACAAAGUGUUUUGUGACAAUCUAGGAUAGUUAGCAUGGGUAUAACACGCUCACAGUGUCAAGGUAACAAUUCUUGACUUAAGAAUCGCUAAAUCUUUAUCUAAGCAAGCUCUUAGCCCAUUUGCCAUUAGUCCUUUUGUCACCUGAUUUCAGAGGGCUACGAUUUCCAUCUCCCUGAUCCAGGACCUAAUGCACUAACGUGUUCAAUGCCACCUGAAAUUUUAAUGUUGAACCCCUGUAGGCUUCAAAUAUUAGCACAGAGUUUAGAAAAUGCUGUCAAUGGAACAUUGGGACAAUACAUUGGAUGGUGUUCAAUGCUAGUCCUACUCAGAGUAGACUUACUGAAGUUAAUAGAGAGUCAGUGUGGUGAAGUGAGAGUGUUGGACUAUGACCUGGGAGAUCAGAGUUCAAAUCCCCACUCGGCCAUGAAGCUCACUGGGUGACCUUCACUCAGUGCUUCUCAGCCUAGUCUACCUCACAAGGUUGUUGUGAGGAUUAAAUGGAGAGGGAGAGAACUGUGUACACCACCUUGAGCUUUUUUGAGGAAACACAGAAUAUAAAUGCAGAAUAAUAAAUAACUUGGGUUCAUUAAUUUUAAUUGAGUAUGCUCUGAGUAGGACUUAGUUAAAUACAACCUGCUGUCAGGGAUUACCAGUGUGGUACCUGUGGACACAACUGUGUCUGUCAGUAUCUCUGAUGGUACCCCCCAAAGGUCGUAAUAAAUAUUCCCUCAAAAAUCCACACUGCACAAGAGACUGCUCUUGCUUCUCAGUUUCUGUUCGUACUGACUCGGGCCUCUCCUAUAUUGAACACUACUAAGAGUUAGAGACUAAACUCUUGGCAAGAUAUUGUAUCACUAUGACUCCUUAUUAGGACUAAUUUGAUCUUACCAUAUAACUAAUGCAUUGAGGUAAAUAUUGUUACUGAAUCCUUGUGUAUGCACAUUGUCUGACAGAUGCCAGAUUAGGACUCGCACAGCAUACUUAAACUGGCAAUUCCCCCCCCUUUGAUUUUAAGUGCAUGCCUAAAAUCAAUGUACGCUCUCCUCCAUGUACGUUCUCCAGAAGUGCUUGAAGGGAAAUGUGCUUUUGUGCUAUAAGAGUUGGACUAGAAAUUUCAGCACUUUUCCAGAACAGAUUCUUAAAAGAGGAAGACCACAAUCCAGCAUGAAAUCAGUGGGUGAAAGCAUGCCCCACUCUGUGCUGGGUUGUAACUGAAAUGUGUAGGGCUUCUCAUUCAGAAGCAGAUAUCCACAGGAAUCUCGUAUGUGGGUAAACGAAAUUGAUAUGCUCUAUUAUUAGCCAUAGUAUUAAUUAACAUAUUACAAGCCUGUUGAUUAUACUGCACAAUUGCUGGCAUCUUUCUAUGCACUCAGAGGAAUAUUUUUAUACUGUAUAACUUAUGCAAUUUAUAACAGAGGAUUUUAUUAGUGUUGCUAACCAAAUUAUUAACCCAACAACAACUGUGUAGUUCUUUAUUACAUCGAAGGAUUCUGGACCUCAUUACUACAUAAAAAACAUGGUUAAAAUGAAGAAUUAACCAAAUGAUUUAGGUUUGAGAUUCUUGUUUCCUCUGUGUUG